AUGAAGAUUCUGGUCAACCAAGAAGCAGCCAAUGCAGAAGCAGUGGCCAAGUGCUACAGUGGUCCUGAGCAGAACGUGUGGGAACUGGUCAUGGGGAAGCAGAUCGACAUUGGCGCAGCAUCUUCCACCUUGGAGCUGGCUCAGAGGGCUCAUGUGGGGCCAGGCAUGAAGGGAGUUGAGUUGAACAGCAACAAUGGUGGCGGCAUGCGCACGUUGGUGCGCCUCGCAGGAGUGGACUCCAUGAUCGGAGUGGAACUCACCAAGUCCGUGGUGGAGACGGGCAGGAAGAGGACAGAGGAGGAGGGGUUGAGUAACAAGAUCAAGUUCAUCAACAAAAAUUCCUUGGAGAAUGGCCUCCCGGAUGCCUCUGCCGAUUUUGUGUACAGCAAGGAUGCCUGGUGCUACAUGCCUGACAAGCAACAGAUCAUCGACCAAGCAGCUCGCAUCGUAAAGCCCGGAGGAAAAGUCAUGUUCACUGACUGGAUCGAGGGUGAAGGUCUAUCAGACCCAGAGGCACAGAGGUUCUUGAGCCUGAUGACAUUCCCUGCCAUCCCAACCGUUGAGGAGUAUGCUGACAUGCUGAAGAAGGCAAACUUUGAGGUUGAGAUCGCUGAGAACAGUGGUCGCUUCUCACCUGCUAUGAACAGCUAUGUGCACAUGCUGAAGCGGCAGGCAGUUUACGAUGCCAAGAAAUUGUUGGGCUGGGAUGAGGAAGCCUAUGACAAGUUGAUCUCUGACUUUGAGUUCAUGGCAAAACUGGCUCAAGAAGGCAAGAUCAUUCAGGGAAUGUUCGUGGGCCGCAAAAAAGGCAAGAAAAAUGUGCAGAGCGAAGUGCAGAGCAUGCCCUCACUUCAUGCACUUUGGUGUUGCACGACCAGUUUGAAAGUUAGGCUGGAGGGCCUGCCCUUUCUGCACAAGGACCUUGAAGCCAUGCAGCGUUUGGUUUCAGGCGGAGCCCUGUCUCUCGAUGCCGCUGUGGCCGCCAUCGACGGACAGUGGUUUUCGCGGCAGGUGGGAUUUGUGCCUGCCCUGGUGGGGCUCUUCGAUACUCUCAAGAGCUGUUUUCCGGAGCGUCCCAUGCAGCUGGCCAUGGUGCGCUGGGCCCUGCGGCGCUAUGUUCGAAGCGGUUUCUCGAAGAUCGCCAAGGAGCUGCAGGAUCGCGGAGCCGAUGAUGCGACGACCUCGAACGCCUUUGCCUCCUGGUUGUGUGAGACCUUGCAGCCUCUGGACCUGGAGUUGCGUGAGCACGUCCAUGCUGGUGGCGGCGGCGGCUUACCUUGGCUUCUGGAGGACCUCUUGUUGGAACACCUCGUGGGAGAUGGUGUGGAACCUCGAAGUUGGUUUCUGCAACAGCAUCACAUCGUAGAACGUUUUGGUCCAGAGCUCCGCAAAAGCAUGGUGUUGGCCCUCAAGCGUGUGGCUACGGAGUUGCCGAUGCGACGUGUCAUCGAGGCGUUGGGCUUGGCUCAGGAGGAACAGAAAGCGCCGAGUCGACUGCAGGGCGAGCUGCUGGCCAUGAGUUUGGAGAUGGCCAUGGAUGCCCUCUACCGGAAGGGCCGCGGCCGCGAGCGCGAGGUCCGUGAGAAGGAGAUGGAGCUGUCGGAUGUGCUGAAGUUGGACCUGUUGUCGUGGGCGCGCGUGCUGCGCUGGUUCGACCAUGCGCAGGAGCACCUAUCGGAGGAGCUCCAAGCCAGGGUCAAGAAGUGCAUGGAGCAGGGAAAGGCUGGUCUUGAUCUCCUGGCUUUGGCGAGUGAGAAAGGAACUCUGCCAGUCACUGUCGUCAUGGCGCUGGCCGGCACCGACCGUCGUGCUGAUGGUUGUGAUGCGCUGGAGACCGCCGGUUACCCCGUGGCCUCGGACGCGCUACGUUCCUGGCACGAGCGCCUGAUCGAGGCCACCGGCACGCUACAGGGCUUGGUGGAAGCCUGUCGAAGUCUCUGGCCCAAAGACGCCAAGCUCUUGGGAGCCAUCGCUCGUGCCAGCGAGGCUUGGAACGAGCUGCCCGCCUCGGGUGCACUGCGGAGCCUGAAUGGUGAGGAGACCGGAUACUUUCCCCAGGUGCCUUCGGCCCUGCUGCGCAGCUCAGGAGCUCUGGCUCUGCUGGGCAAAGGUAGUGCGGCCUUCAAGGCCUUGUGGAAGCAGUCCGAAGUGGACAGCUUUGAUGAGGAACAACUGAGGUCGAUGGCCAUGCGUUGGUCCGAGAUCUAUACCUCCCUGGAGAAACCGCAGGAGUCGCACUUGAAACUCUCCGCCUUGGUGCCAGUGCUCGAAAGGCGGGCACAGCGGUGGUCGUUGGGACUUCUAAGGCGGGCAAUUCCAAUGAGGUCUUUGUUUUUUUUUGAGCGGGUUGGUGGUUGA